AUGGGCAGUGCCAAGAGCGUCCCGGCCACGCCGGCGCGUGCCCCGCCGGUCAACAAGCACCUGGCUCACGUGUCGGACCCCCGCUCCCCCAGUGCCGGCAUCCUGCGGACCCCCAUCCAGGUGGAGAGUUCCCCACAGUGGAGCCCCCCGACCCCCGUGGAGGUGGAGGAGGAAGAGACGGCCGGCGCCCACCUGCCUCGGGCCGCCGACCCCCGUUCCCCCACCCCCGGCAUCAGCCGCACCCCCAUGAAGACGGGCGCAGUGGAACCCACCGUCCUCCCGGGGAAGCAGCUGAGGGCUGAGUUGGAGGCGGAAGCCCCCGAGGUCUCCUCAGCCCCCCGGCUGGCCACGUCUUCCUCAGUCGCCCUGGAGGCCCCCGUCCCGCUUGGCUCUUGGCUGGGCUCGGGGGCAGAGUCGCCGCCUGCUUCUCCCCUGCAACGCCUCUCUCCCGCGGAAGAGGAUGGGCCACCUGCCCCGGUCGGGCCCGGUCAGGCCUCCGACAAGCUCCCGCGAGGCCCAGAGACUCCCCGCUGUGCAGGUGCCAGGGGCCCCCGCAGGAAACCGGCCGGCAAAGCCCUGGGCCGCUCCCCCCUCACCGUCCUGCACGACGACAACUCUCCCGGCCCCCUGCCCUCCCGCCAAGGCAAGCGUCCCGCGGGCCUGGGCGAGAACGCGGGCGAGCGUCCCGGGCUGGGGGCCGGGCGGCCCGUGAACGGCGCGGGGAAGAGCGCGGCGGCGGGGAGCUGCUGCAGGGAACGCCCACGGGACAAGGAGAACCGGCAGCACGGCCCCCUCGUCGAUAACUAGGCAGGCCAGAGCCCCCUUCCCCGCACUUCUUUCCUGGCGUCCUUUCGGGGGGCUGGCGACGGAAGGUGCCCGGGGAUGGGGAGAAGGACGCAGUCCCCACGCCGAUGGCACCGAGCCCAGCGACGCCUGGACUCGAUAAGGCCCUGGAGCCUUCCUGGCAGGGGUGGGUUUCGCUCUGCUUGCCCCCUUCUUUCUCCUCCAUCCCCCACCCCCGCCAACAUCUUUCCAGGCGGACUGACGGGGGAAAAGCGCCAUUUUCCACCGCCCUGUGUGUUUGUGUGUAUAUAUACGUGUGGAUGUGUGAAUAAAGA